UUGAUAAAAUCAAGUUUACGUCAGUUCAAUAUGAGUUUAUGUUUUCGACUAAAACCAAAAAAUUUUCUUACAGCUUCUGUGGUAUGAUUUGUGUGAUAUUUGAUUUACAAGUAGUUUCGUACUCGAUAAAAAAUAAUAACGUCCAAAUUUGUAAAAGUGAAAGAUGUAAAAAAACAGCUGAUGAAAUUAUAAGUGCCAUGAACCAAACAAUGGACCCGUGUGAAAACUUUUUUAAAUACGCAUGUGGUAAUUGGCAUAGUGGUAUGUCACAUAGAAGUCAUUUUCAUAUUUUAAAUAAUAGAACUAAUCUUCGUUUGAAAGAAAUAUUUGAAUCUCCUUGGACACCGCAGGAUAGCUCGGCAUUGACCAAAGCCAAAAAAAUUUAUAAAGCUUGUAUGGAUGAAGAUUCUAUUGAAAAAAGAGGAGUGAAGGAUCUCGUAAACUUAAUUGAUGAAAUAAGUGGCUGGCCAAUGGCAAUGACUCUAUCUGAAUGGUCCUACAAGAACAAAUCAUGGCAAGAAGUCGACAAAAGUUUUAGAGAAUUAAUAGGAAAUUCACCAUUGUUUAGUUUAAAAGUUACGGAUGAUGUUAAAAAUUCAACGAAUUAUAUUAUACAGCUUUCACCACCUCUAGACGGUAUCGCUAAAUACAUAAGUCGACAAGCAGCAGCAUUGUUACCAUUAAAUGGAAUAUUAAAUUUACCAAAUGUUAUGAAUUACCGAAAUAUUGUUGCAAACGUCAGUAGAAUAUUUGCCAGCAACAGAGGUGUUAUCAUACAAGAAAGAGACAUCGAAGAGGAUGCUAAAGAUAUUGUUGCUUUUGAGUGGAAUUUGAAACUCAUUUUAUUAUCGUCAUACCCCAACUCAUCAAACGGUGAAGUUGAUUCUAUUUAUCAAAAAAUGAUGAUCAGUGAUUUCCAAAAAUUCUAUGAGUCAUCGCUGCCCGAGAAUUCUGCUACACGCAUCAACUGGUAUGACUUGAUAGCAAAUCUAUUUGUUGCAGUGCCUAGCGUGACUAUUAAACAAUCAGAAGUUGUUGUAAUAAUAAAUAAAGAUUACUUUGUUAAAUUAGCUGAUCUUAUUAGGCGAACUCCGGUCAGAGUUGUUGAUUCAAAAUUAACUCCUAGAUGGUUAAUUUGUACCCAACAAAACGAAAUGAUGCAUGCUUUUUCUUAUGCUUAUGUACAAAAACAUUUACCAAAACGUUCACAAGAAGUGGCUGCAGAAAUGAUCCAUGAAAUAAUAAACGGAAUGAGAGAAGAAAUAGAAAACAGCAAAUGGUUAGAUGAUUAUUCAAAAAGAGGAGCUUUGGAAAAAGUUCAAGCUAUGCGAGAAUUCAUUGGAUUCCCCCGUUGGUACAAUGAUAUCAAUUCUGUUGAUGAUUAUUACAAAAGAGUUGUACCAAGCAAAUUUUACUUCAAAAAUGUAUUGAUGAUGUUAAAAUUCAGGGCGAAAGAAGGAUUGAAGUUGUUACGAGAACGUGUCAGUGACCAAAAAUGGGUUGGAAGUCCAAUUGCUAUCAACGCAUUUUAUUAUUACCCAUCUAAUGCAAUAACUAUACCAGCAGGAAUUUUGCAACUUCCGUUCUUUGAAGACGAGCAUCCCGAUGCUCUCAAUUACGGUGCUCUUGGUUCAAUAAUAGGCCACGAAAUUUCACACGGAUUUGACAAUGUAGGUCGUCAAUUUGAUAAAAAUGGUAACAUACGUAAUUGGUGGUCAAAUGCAACAAUAUCCGAGUAUAGAAAACGUGCUCAAUGUUUUAUUGAUAAAUUUAAUAACAUUAGUAUUACGUACAAUAAUACAAUUCACAGAGUAAACUCACGAAAAACAUUGUCGGAAAAUAUUGCGGAUUCGACGGGUGUAAAAUCUGUCUUUGAGGCUUUCCAAACUCAUAAUAAAAAAUCCUCAACACCAGAUGUUAAGCUACCUGGUCUUGAACAUCUCAAUGGAAAUGAACUUUUUUUCUUAUCUUAUACACACUCUUUCUGCUCGAAUUUACCUAUAAAUUCAUUAAUGUACCAACUGAGAAAUGAUAAUCAUAGUCCAGCGGCGAUUAGAAUAGAAGGUACGCUCUCAAAUAUUGAAGGAUUUGCAGAAACAUACAAUUGUCCUCUAGGAAGCAGAAUGAAUCCUAAUGAUAAGUGUAGUAUCUGGUAGUUUAAUUACCCCACUGUUAUAUUUAUUUAUGAAUACAUUGAUAUAUUAUUUAUUUAUUUAAUUUCACCAUGUUAUGAUCAACUUAGAUUUAUAUAGAUCAAAUUUCAUCUUUUGAUUUAAAAUUUAUCUCAGUAGAUCUAAAAAAUGAUAAAAUUGGAUUUAUGUAAUGUAAAUCUUGACAAUAUAA